AUGGCAAGGAAACCUGAAACCUGGUGCAGAGCCUUCUUUUCUCAUGGGUAUGCUUGUGAGGUAGUAGAAAAUGGGGUUGCAGAAUAUUUCAAUGGCAUGAUAAAACAAAUAAGGAAGAAGCAUCUACUUACAAUGCUUGAGGAAAUAAGGGUUCUCCUUAUGAAAAGGUUUUUUCAUCAAGGUUACGAGGUAGCCAAAUGGAAGGGUAAUUGUGGGGCUAACAUACAACUGAAUAUUGAUGAAUUUGGGAAAUAUAUGAGGUUGUGGACAGUGGUGCCAAGUGGCGGUGAUGUGUCUGAGACUAGGGAUGCUGCUCCUCCCCUAGUUUCAGAAUCCAGUGAUCAAGAUGGUGGUCCUAUUGUUAGUCCUAUGAAAAGGACUAAUAUGAUGGUAAGGAAAGGAGGGAAAACUAAAGUUUUUGGAUCAAGGAACAAAACACCAAAGAAAACACAUAAUGGUAAGAAAUAUAAGAUUCAAGUAAAGGAGGAUUUUUCCCUAACCUGUGAUGAGGAUUUUGAUGAUAUUUUUACCCAUACACCUAAUGGUAAGCAAGCUAUGAGUCAAAGAAAGGAGGAUGUUUAG